GGGGCGCUUCAGAGCCAAGCUGGCGGGAAGCAGAGAAGGCAGGCAGGCAGGCAGAGAAGCAGGAGAAACGCUACCGCAGCAAACAAGAAGGAACCCGGGUUGGGAUGGAAUGAGGGGAUGAUUCUGGCCAGCUGGAGCUGGGGGACCCAGUGCUGACAGCCUAAAGCUCCCUCUUUGUCCCCCGGUCACCACUCGGAGUUUUGUUUUGUUUUGUUUUGCUUCUGCUGCCUGAUCACGGGCUUUUAUGUACAUACUGCAGAAGACAAUGAGGGAAACUAUGCCCCAGACACCAAUCUUCUCCAGUAUGCUUGGGUCUAGUUGUAGUGGACAGGUGCAGCCAGACAUGGGAGAGCGGAGUGGUGGAGACCUCGUUUUCCAGGAUGGGAAUCUUAUCUCCGGAUCCUUAGAAGCCUUGAUUGAGCACCUGGUCCCCACCGUGGAUUAUUAUCCAGAUAGGACUUAUAUCUUCACCUUCCUCCUGAGCUCCCGAAUCUUCAUCCCUCCAUAUGACCUUCUGGCCAAGGUGGGCCAGAUCUGUACCAAGCAGAAGCAGCAGCUGGAGGCUGAGACAGAAAAGGCCAAGCUAAAGUCUUUCACUGCCAAGAUUAUCCAGCUCCUGAAGGAAUGGACUGAGGCAUUCCCCUAUGAUUUCCAGGAUGAGAAGGUCAUGAAGGAGCUAAAAGAGAUCACUCACAGAAUCACACAGUGUGAUGAGGAGAAUGGGACAGUGAAGGCAACCAUCACUCAGAUGACCCAGAACCUCAUCCUGUCCCUUACCACCAGGAACCAGUUCCAGGAGAUAAGGGAGAAGUUCCGUCAGCCUGUCACAGACAAAGGGACUAUUCUGAAGUCAAAGCCCCAGGCGUCCCAGAAGGAUAUCCUAAGUGUGUGUUGUGACCCACUCAUUCUAGCCCAGCAGCUUACCCACAUAGAGCUGGAAAGGGUCAGCAACAUUUACCCUGAGGAUCUGAUGCAGAUAGUCAGCCACAUGGACUCUCUAGAUAAUCACAAGUGCCGUGGGGACGUAACCAAGACCUAUACCCUAGAGGCCUAUGAUAAUUGGUUCAACUGCCUGAGCAUGCUGGUGGCCACAGAGAUUUGCAGGGUGGUAAAGAAGAAGCAAAGGACAAGAAUGGUGGAAUUCUUCAUUGAUGUGGCAAGGGAAUGUUUCAACAUUGGGAAUUUUAACUCCAUGAUGGCCAUUAUCUCCGGUAUGAAUCUGAGUCCAGUGGCACGACUAAAGAAAACGUGGUCCAAAGUCAAGACCGCUAAAUUUGAUGUUCUGGAGCACCACAUGGAUCCAUCCAGCAACUUCUGUAACUAUCGAACUGCCCUGCAAGGGGCUGCCCAGAGGUCUCAGACUGCCAACAGUAGCAGGGAGAAGAUAGUCAUCCCAGUUUUCAACCUCUUCAUCAAGGACAUCUACUUCCUGCACAAAAUACACACUAACCGUCUGCCAAAUGGCCAAAUAAAUUUCAAGAAAUUUUGGGAGAUUUCUAGACAAAUUCAUGACUUUAUGACAUGGAAGCAAGUGGAAUGUCCUUUUGACAAAGAUAAGAAGAUCCAGAGUUACUUACUCACAGCACCUAUUUACAGUGAAGAAGCUCUCUUUGUAGCAUCCUUUGAAAGUGAAGGUCCAGAAAACCAUAUGGAAAAAGACAGCUGGAAGACACUCAGGACAACUCUCCUUAACAGAGCCUGAAAUUUCAGGGUGCAGCAUAUAGAAGUGGAGAAAAAAGCACAUGAAUGACCAAGUUUUUAUCCUGAAUGAUACAAGGGGUUGAGAUGAGCAAGACCUCACUGGUUGGGGUCUGUUUUGUAUAUACCUUUUGUGAGAAAAAAAGGGUAAAUAUUUCGUGCAUCAACCUUAAGGCACCUAAAAAAUGAAGGUUUUUGUUUAUUUUAAAUAUCAGGGCAGGGCCCUGUUGGGGGACAGGGGGGAUUAUCAUGGGAGAGAGUAUCCAUGGUAAUGUCUUAAUCUAAUAAAAUGUAGAUUUUUAUUUUCCAUGUUUGAUUACUUCCAUCUUAAGAAAAAUAAAAUUUAAAAACCCAACCAAAUACAACCUGAACACUGCACAGGUUCAGUGCCCUAUCAGACAGUCUCUACAGCAGUGUCUCUCUAAAGUCGGGGACUAGUGCCUUAUAAGGUACUGAAAUUGUCUAGUGUACCUAUUCCUUUCAAGCUGGAAGUAAGCAAAUUCAAACCAGGAGGGAUGGAGACCCAGAAAGCAGCUACAUCUUUGUAAAUAUAUGGGGAGAUAUUAUGGCACAUGGACUACAGCAUACCUACCUAUAAUAGCAAAAGGGCAGCAUUCCAUUUUUUUUCUGACCUUGUUAGAAGAAAGGGAUAACUGCCAAAGCUAUGAGGAGUUUUAUGUCUGAAUGCUUCUGGAGAUGAUUAUUUGAGUUUGGGCUGUCAGUAGUUUACAUUUUCAUUUUCCUUUAUCAGGGAUUUAUUGGGAGGGGGGAAACAACCUUGUAUGUAAUCUACAAACUACACAUUUAGAUACAGAAUUUUGCCUAAUGGUAUGUCCGGCAAAUUGUUCCUAGGAGCCUUUCAGAGAAGGGGGGGGGGAAGAAUAAAUCUAAAAUAAGGCAAGGGAGGUAGAUGUGAAACAGAUGUCAGUUUUUAGGGUUGUAGCAAGAGAGAAAAUAGUACCAGAACACUAUGGCAUUUCAGGCCAUCAUUUGAACCCUAGUACAAAGUAAAAGUUAGGCUCUUCUGUCAGCCAAUGAUACUAGAUGAUUACUCCCUCUUUCCAACUGUUCUCAGAUAGAUGCUUAAUUAGGACACUGGAAAAAUUGAAUAUUAGCAAAACCACUGACAAAUGUAGCCAUUUGUAUGAAAAACUGCCCAUUAUUAGAAAAUGUUUUCUAUAUCCCCAAUUAGAGCAGUAAAUUAUUUCCCCCAUAUCCACUUCAAAGGAGUAUACCUUGACUCUCAUCAAUCGUGAGGAAGUAUCAACUUCACUCCAUUAUAUAGCCGGAUGAUCUCCUAUAAACCCAUGUUUCAAGUAAAUCUUUCCUCAUAGAUUUUGUUUCUAGGCAUUCAUUUUUCCCAGAAAAUAAAACUGGAAAACCUAGGUAGAUGUAUUUUGUUUGUUUCCCGUUCCCAUAGCACCGAAAGAGGAACAAAUGUUGAAUAGAUGCCUUGAAAUCAGAUGCUCAGAUGGAAGGAGGCGGUAGGAGGGGCUAGCUUAGCAAGCAAGACUAGCCUGGAGAGGGGAGAGGGAAGGUGACUGUUUUUGUGAUCUGCUGCUAUAUUCCUGUGCUAAAGAACAGAAUUCUCAGCCCUGUGGUAGAGUAAGAAUAUUUAUACUGUAUUAUUACAGUGUUUUGCACUUUUCAGAGACAUUCUAGAUCGUACAUAUUGUCAAACACUAUAAAAGGAAUUGUAUAUCAGCUUUGUUUAUGUAUUUGAGAUAAAGAAAGGGAUGCUUAAAAUUUAAGAAAAAAAUAUAUAUAUAUUUGAAAUGCAUUUUUAGACCACUUUCUGUACAAGUAUUAAAAAGCUUUCACAUAAAUGUGCACUUCCCUGGUCGAUCAGUUCUAGUGUAUACUUGAAAUAGACUUGGUGUCUCCAUUUGUUACUUUCUUUUCACAGUUCGAUCCAUUCAUUCCUUACUUACAUAAGGUGUUUUGCUAUUCUAAGAUGAAUUACAGAGUAUAAAGCUGUACCAUAAAAGCAGGAUAUUCUGUGUGUGACUGGGUGUGCUUGCAUCAAUAAAAAAAAAAAAAACAA